AUGACGCAGGAAGAGUCCGGUAAUGUGAGGAACUACCUGGCUCGAUUACGAGACCCAGAGACGCACCGAUUCCAUUCAGUGACCGCGCGCGAGUUCCUCGAAUGCUGGAGACACUUCGAUCGGGACGGAAACGGUUAUUUGGAAGGGGAAGAACUGGACGGCUUUCUAAAAGAAUUUGUCUCCAGCGUUAUUCACGGUGAAAUAGGGGAUGAAGUUGUGUCAGAAACUGCUUUGAAACAGGUCAGGUCAGAAUUCAUGGACGCGUAUGAUGAAAAUCAAGACGGAAGGAUUGAUAUCACUGAAAUGGCCCAAGUUUUACCAACAGAGGAAAGUUUUUUGGCCAUCUUUCAACAUGAAGCCCCUAUUUCGUCCAGUGUGGAAUUCAUGCGAGUUUGGAAACAGUUUGAUGCCGACCGCAGUGGAUACAUAGACAAAAACGAACUGAGAGACUUUUUGCGACAUUUGAUCUCUCGGUCCAAUGUGAAUGUUACUGAGGAGAAACUGGACGAAUAUGCAUCCACAUUACUGAGUCUGUUCGGCCGUAAUGCCGACGGGAAGUUACAGUUGAGCGAGAUGGCACGAUUGUUGCCCGUGAAAGAAAAUCAUUUGAUCAAACCGUUGUUUAAAAAUACUAGAGGAAUUAACACACGCACCAUUGAGAAAAUUUUUAAAAAAUACGACACAGACGGAAACGGUGAAUUGGAAGAUGAUGAAUUGCUCGGAUUCCUGAAGGAUUUAAUUGAAGCCGGUGGAGGUGAUUUCACAGAAGAACAAAUGUAUACCAUGAGGGAUUCCAUUCUACAGCAGUGGGAUUCGAACCACGAUGGGAAAAUUGGCCGCGAAGAAUUGACCGAUCUUAUACUACAUACAGUGCGCAUUGUACAGGAGGUGGAAGUGUCAAAACGUUCCAUGGAAUAG